AUGGAAUCCAUCCCCUGCAUUCUCAGUAACCGUGACGUUAUUCUCCAGAGCACGACAGGCAGUGGGAAAACACUCGCGUACCUCAUUCCGCUAACCCUUCUUCUAAUGGACUACUUCGAAGCCACGCGUUUCUACCAAGAUUUUAUUGUUUUGGUGUUGGUUCCUGGCCAGGAACUCGCCAUCCAGAUCGAAAACAAACUCAAAGAGCUCGCUACGAGUGAGCACGGCGUUCGUUCGGCGCUGCUGAUCGGCGGCGGGAGCAAAAAGCAGCAAAGCUAUCGCCUCCAUCAGAACGCGAACUUCUUGGUAGCGACGCCAGGGCGGCUUUUGGAUUUGAUUCGAUCGGAAAAAGAACUAGUGUCGUUUUUCUGCCAUCAAAUUCGCUGCGUUGUCUUCGAUGAAGCUGACCAAUUGUUCAAAUCGGACUUUUUAGAACAAACGCAGUCGAUUCUUUCGAAUUGUUCGUCGCCCUGCUUGCAAGUGCGCAUUGAAUGCGUCUCUCAGCCCCAGAAAAUCAUCGUCUCAGCCACCAUCACGCCCAAUCUCCGAUCGCAGACCGCUUCUCUGCUUCAAAACCCGAUGGAGAUCAACGUGUCGACCGUCGAGACAUUGAACCGCGCGCUCGACUACUCGGUUCUUUGGCGCGAAGACACGCAGAAGCGAAAGAGCUUCGCGAAAUUGCUGCGAAACCGACUGCAAGGCAGGGAGUCGGAGAUCGAAUUGCCGCUGGUUGUGCUUUGCCAGACGCGUUUGGAGACCGCGGAAGUGACGAAAUGCCUCGACGAGGAGUUUCCGAAAUGCACUCAUACCUCGCUAACUGUGGAAACGCCCUUCGCGGACCGGCGCAGAACCAUCGAGGAGUUUCAGCAGGGUCGAUUGAAGGUGCUGGUGUCGACGCCGGGGAUUGUGGGUCGCGGAGUGGAGCUGCAAUCGGCGCGCUGCAUUCUGAUGUGGUCGUUCGCGUCGUCGAUUUCGGAGUUUAUUCACCAUGCGGGACGUGUGGGGAGGGCGGGAGAGAGGAGCAGCGUGUGCGUGUUUUGCAAUGCGCGCAACAAGAAAUUGUUCCCUGCGUUUGUGAAGCUGUGCGAGGAAAACGGAAUUCAGUGCCCUGCAGGUAGCACUCGCCUGUUAGUUGGUGAUUCUCCUUAG